AUGGACGAUGACUGCCGGGUUCUGGUGGUGGCCAACCGGCUACCUAUGACGAUAACCGUGCAAGAUGAUGGCACAUUCAACUACCAAAUGUCUUCUGGCGGCCUGGCAUCUUCUCUUCAUGGUUUGCAGGAAAAGAUGAAGUUCCAGUGGUUUGGAUGGCCUGGUAUCGACGUGCACCGGUCGGACAGAGACACGAUCAGCCAUGAGGUGGCAGAGCGUUGCAAGGCUGUCCCUGUCUUCCUGUCCAAAGAAACGGCCAGCAACUAUUACACCGGGUUUUGCAAUCAGGUCCUGUGGCCUUUGUUGCACAACAUGCCCGAGAAAGCACUGUUCAACUCCAAAUGGUUGGCAAAGUACCGCGAAGUCAACGAGAUUUUUGCCGACUAUAUUGUUCCACAUGUUGAAAAUGGUGAUCUAAUCUGGAUUCACGAUUAUCAAUUGCUGCUGCUUCCGGGAAUCCUUCGCGAACGACUCGAAAAGAGGAAAGUCAUCAGAAUCGGGUUCUUCUUACACACACCAUUUCCGCGAGAGGACUCUUUUGCCAUUUUGCCACUCCGCGAAGAGAUAUGCAACAGCAUUCUCAGCUGUGAUUUGGUAGGGCUGCACAUCAAAGACUACGCGGACCGCCUCAUUAGUGGAUGCGAGGCUGUCCUUGAGGAAGUCCACUGUUCUCCGCACGACCUGCACUACCAUGGCCGGAAAGUCAUGGUCGAGCAUUUUGCAAUCGGUAUCGAUCCGGACAGCUUCAGAGAAACGGUCAAUACCGCAGGCGUUCAAAGCCAGAUUUCGCUCUCAGAACGCUCAUUUGCUGGUCGCAAAAUCAUCUUAGAAGUUGACAGACUGGACUAUAUCAAGGGCAUGCCGCAGAGGCUCGCGGCGUUCGAUAAGCUGCUCGAUGACUUUCCUGAAUGGGUAGGCAAGGUUGUAUUAAUUCAAGUUGCUGUGCCUAGUCGAACCGACGUCCUCGAGUAUGCAAAACUACGGGAUGCGGUUGAGAGGCAGGUGGGUAGGAUCAAUGGUAAACAUUCACGAAUUGACUAUACUCCGAUCCACUAUAUGUAUAAGUCGGUUCCGUUCGAGGAACUUUGCGCCUUGUAUGCCAUGGCGGAUGUCUGUUUUAUCUCCUCAAUACAGGACGGCAUGAAUUUGGUCAGCUACGAGUAUGUCGCAUGUCAACAAGACCGGAAAGGGGUCUUGCUUUUAUCUCAGUACACUGGAGCUGCAAAGAUGCUUCCAGGGGCACUUAUUACUAAUCCAUGGGACACACCUCGCUGUGCGGAGGCCAUUAAUGAAGCGCUUACCUUACCGGCAGCUGAACGAAUCAAAAAGUAUGACGAGUGUGCCAAGGUGGUCAAUAAGUACACCAGUAUCCGAUGGGGUCGGAGUUUUCUGAAUGCUCUCGAAAGCACGCCGUUGCAAAAUCGAACACCACGCAGCGACGGUGUCCAUUGACGUGAGGGUGCACGCACAAAUCAAGGAACGAUCCAUUUUGAUCAGAUGAUCAUGAUCGUCCGGGUCCUGUCUUUCCACCGCAUAUGCAAGCAGAUUGGCGUGCUGCCAAUUGUAUGGACAAGACGACUCAGAAAUGACGAAUCCUCGUCUUCACCGUCCUACAUCAGGUGGCAUCCAAAGUUUUUCUUCAAUAGUUAAUGGCAUGAACUGACAGACACGGCUUGCCAAGAUCAGUGCUGAUCAUACUCCCAAGGAUGAACAAGCAGUUUGCCAUGGAGAAAAAUCGACUUUUCCUAUGCAAGAAACUCAAAUCCCUCUGGCUGAUCGAGAUGCACCUUUUCGGUAAACCCUUCCAUUUGGUCAUAUCAUGCGAUACCCCCUUUGGAUCAAUCAGAAUUGUCGUCCUCAACUAUGACCUCUGCCGGAAUAGAUCGACUGCCCGCCUUGGUCGCUAGAACUCGCACUACGAACUAGGUGCUAUUGAUGGAAAAGUCGUUGGAACGACAACGACCGUCAUGACAACAUGGAGGAAGAAAACCAAGCAACGGGAAUCUGAUCACAGCUUGACAAGUCAGUGUACAGAACACAAUCGGAGAC